AUGGCCGAGCCGCCAGCAGCCCUCCGUCAUUUCCAGCCUCCACAGCAGAGGCCCAGAAUAAAGCACAGCCAACCCCCACAGCCUCCACAGCUCCAGGUGGAGAUCAGCCACCCCCCACAGCCUCCACAGCCCCAGGUGGAGCACAGCCACCCCCCACAGCCUCCACAGCCCCAGGUGGAGAUCAGCCACCCCCUACAGCCUCCAAAGCUCCAGGUGGAGAUCAGCUAUCCCCCACAGCCACCACAGCUCCAGGUGGAGAUCAGCCACCCCCUACAGCCACCAAAGCUCCAGGUGGAGAUCAGCUAUCCUCUACAGGGACCACAGCUCCAGGUGGAGAUCAGCUAUCCCCUACAGCCUCCACAGCUCCAGGUGGAGAUCAGCUAUCCCCCACAGCCACCACAGCUCCAGGUGGAGAUCAGCUAUCCCUUACAGCCACCACAGCUCCAGGUGGAGAUCAGCUAUCCCUUACAGCCACCACAGCUCCAGGUGGAGCACAGCCACCUCCUGAUGCCACCACAGCUCCAGGUGGAGCACAGCCACCCUCUACAGCAACCACAGCUCCAGGUGGAGAUCAGCUAUCCCCUACAGGGGCCACAGCUCCAGGUGGAGAUCAGCCACCUCCUGAUGCCACCACAGCUCCAGGUGGAGCACAGCCACCUCUUACAGAGAUCACAACAGCUGAGGAAGCCAAACAAACAACAAAUCGCUCUCAUCAAACUUCUCCACCCUUCAAUGCAACAGAGAGCGUUUCUUCUUUGGCUACAUCUUCCGCUCGCCUGA